AUGACGGAUGAAAAAGUGAACUCAGAUCAGAAUAUGAACGGUAAGCAGGGAGUUAACUUAAUUUCAUCCUUGCCUACAACACAAGUGCCGGUUUCAAUUUUGACCAACAAGGAGAGAAGAAAAAGUAUUCACGAUGAAUCAAAUUUCGAAAGAUCUGAUAGUCAUGAAGAUCAAUCAAAAUCCAACUCUAAUAGGAGGAAUAUUUACAAAAACGAUUAUAGCACAAAUUUGAGGGAUUUCUCUUUUGCCAAUCUGAAGCAAAAUAGUGAAAGGAACAAAGAUGGCCAUGAAAUACAGAUCAACACCAGUAUGCCAGCUAAUACAAAUGGCCAGCAAAAAAGGUUUUCACCUUCAUUACCUUCUGCUGUUUCAUUUACGGUGCCCGAGGUGGAAAGGUUGCCGUAUCAUAGAUAUUCGAUAUCCAAUAAACCUGGAAAGCAGCAGCAGCAGCAGGAACAACUGCAGCAAAAUCAACAACAAGAAGAGCAGCAAAAGGCACAACUGCAGGAGCAAAAUCAACGAGCAAAACAGCAAGAAGAGGUGAAGCAAAUUCAGGAGCAAGUGCAAAAAAAGCAAACUGAAAGACAGCAACUGAUAGACGAAAAGGAGAGGAUAGCGAAUGCAAUAUUUAAGGAGAACACUACUAAUGAUGGUACUGAUAUCAGGAAACAUUCGGUAUCGAGUGGUACGAGCAAUAGCGAAGAUGAAGUAGAUUCACCUUCGAUGGAAAAAAAUUCUAUCGUUCAUAUGCCAGGUGAUUUUAUCUACUUCAAUCCCAAGUCAAACGCUUCUAAACCUAUCACUGCAAAGGCGGCGCCAUUAUCGGCUAAUAACUCCACACAUAAAAACAAGGAAGUUAUCACUGCACCCACAGGGCCUCGUGUACCCUUCACAGAGUUCUUUCAGAAGGAAGACGACAAGAAAUUCCACAUUCUCAUUGGUGCGACGGGCUCAGUUGCCACAAUAAAAGUACCUCUAAUUAUUGAUAAACUUUUCAAGAUAUAUGGGCCUGAGAAAAUCUCUAUUCAGUUGAUUGUCACAAAACCCGCUGAGCAUUUUUUGAAAGGGCUCAAAAUGUCAACACACGUUAAAAUUUGGAGGGAGGAAGACGCUUGGGUAUUCGACGCUGUGAAUAAGAAUGAUACUAGCUUGAGUCUGAACUUGAUAUUGCACCAUGAAUUAAGAAAAUGGGCUGAUAUUUUCCUGAUUGCGCCUUUGUCAGCUAACACACUUGCUAAACUGGCCAAUGGUAUAUGUAACAAUUUGCUAACUUCUGUGAUGAGAGAUUGGUCACCACUGACCCCAGUGUUGAUUGCGCCUGCAAUGAAUACAUUCAUGUAUAUCAAUCCUAUGACAAAGAAACACCUGACGAGUUUAGUGCAAGACUAUCCGUUCAUCCAAGUUUUGAAACCGGUGGAAAAGGUAUUAAUAUGCGGAGAUAUUGGUAUGGGUGGUAUGAGAGAAUGGACAGAUAUUGUAGAGAUCGUUAGGAGGAGAAUCAAUGAAAUACGGAAAGCUAGGGACGAGGAAACUGGUGAUAAAGAGCAAGAACAAGAAGAACAAGAGGGUGCUGACAAUGAGGACGACGAUGAUGAGGAUGACGAAGAGGAUGAGGAGGACGAGGAGGAGGAAGAAGCUCUAAAUGAAACAGCAUCCGAUGAGAGCAAUGACGAGGAAGACGAAGAGGAUGAGGAAGACGUGAAAACCGAAGUUUAA